GGAGAGGCGAGGGAGAAAGAAAAGAGGUUAGUGCUGCGUGGUUUGAUUCCUAAGAAAAGCAUCGAAGGAAAGGGAAAGGGAGUGAUGAUGAUGAUGAUGAUGAUGAAGAAGUUGAUGAUGCGACCUUGGCGUGCUCGAUGUUGAAAUGGGUUUGGAUUUAUUCUUCUUCUUCUUCUUCUUUCCCACCGCCGACCAGCUACCGUUGAGUGGACGCUUUCGCUUGGGAUCCAAGUUUUCUGUUGUGCCUGUACUGAUGUGCUAUUCCCCAUAUUUGCGCUUCUCUAAGCGCCCCUCACGACCAUGAUCCCUUGCUUUCGAGUCUCUCUUGGAUCUCGGUCGCAGAUCCACCACCGUCGCCGUAAUAGCAAUCGCCACGAUAGUUAUCAUCGCAUCUUGUUUUCUAUUUCUCAUGGACCCCACUUCUCGUCCGGCCGUCGUCAUCGACAAUGGCACUGGGUAUACUAAGAUGGGUUUUGCGGGUAAUGUAGAGCCGUGUUUUAUUCUUCCGACAGUAGUUGCAGUAAAUGAGUCUUUUUUGAAUCAGUCUAGAACUUCUUCUAAGGCAAAUUGGCUUACUCAGUAUAGUGCUGGGGUUAUGGCGGAUCUUGAUUUCUUCAUUGGGGAUGAAGCGAUUUCAAGAUCACGAUCUAGUAACACCUAUAAUCUUAGCUAUCCAAUUAAGCAUGGUCAAGUGGAUAAUUGGGAUGCCAUGGAGCGGUACUGGCAGCAGUGUAUAUUCAACUAUUUGCGGUGUGAUCCAGAAGAUCAUUACUUUCUAUUGACUGAAAGCCCACUUACUGCUCCUGAGAGUCGAGAGUAUACAGGUGAAAUUAUGUUUGAGACAUUUAAUGUUCCUGGGCUAUAUAUUGCAGUGAAUUCAGUGCUUGCUCUGGCAGCUGGGUACACAACAUCUAAGUGUGAGAUGACAGGGGUAGUGGUGGAUGUUGGAGAUGGGGCUACUCAUGUCGUACCUGUUGCAGAUGGUUAUGUUAUUGGGAGCAGCAUUAAGUCAAUUCCAAUUGCUGGGAAAGAUGUUACUCUCUUUAUCCAACAGCUCAUGCGGGAAAGAGGUGAGAACAUACCACCAGAGGACUCAUUUGACGUAGCUCGGAGAGUGAAAGAGAUGUACUGCUAUACUUGUUCUGAUAUUGUCAAGGAGUACAACAAGCAUGACAAAGAACCAUCAAAGUACAUCAAGCAAUGGAGAGGUAUUAAACCAAAGACAGGGGCACCAUACUCUUGUGAUAUUGGUUAUGAACGAUUUUUAGGCCCUGAGGUUUUCUUCAAUCCUGAGAUCUAUAGCAGUGAUUUUACCACUCCUUUACCAGCUGUAAUAGACAAAUGUAUUCAGUCAGCCCCAAUUGACACAAGAAGAGCUUUGUACAAGAACAUAGUAUUAUCUGGUGGAUCAACUAUGUUCAAAGACUUCCACAGAAGGUUGCAACGAGAUCUGAAGAAGAUUGUAGAUGCACGUUCUGUUACAUCUGAUGCCCUACUUGGUGGGGAAGUAAAGGCACAACCUGUGGAAGUUAAUGUACUUAGUCAUCCUAUCCAGAGAUUUGCAGUUUGGUUUGGAGGUUCUGUACUUGCAUCAACACCUGAAUUUUUUGCGGCUUGCCACACAAAGGAAGAGUACGAGGAAUAUGGAGCAAGCAUAUGCCGCACAAAUCCUGUUUUCAAGGGGAUGUAUUGAGACAAUGAUCCAUUUCCAGCAGAUUAUAGAGGAAGAGAUCCCUGAUAACAACAUUCCAUAGAUGCCUUCUUUUCUCCACCUUCAUGAUGCCAACUUCUCUGAUUCCAUCUCUCUUCAUCUGUGUUGGUUGGCACUUGGCAGAGGUGAUGUAAAAUAUAGAUGGUCACUCUCUAUUCUGUAAGGCUCUAGAAGUCUGUUUAUUGUAUCAUUCUUAAUCAGAGCUACAGGUCCUCAUAGCACUGCCAAAAUGAUGCAGCCAAAUUUGUUCUCAGCAGACCGUACCAACAGUUGAGGAUUAGAUGAGAGUUGCGACAGACGAGGAAAAAGAAAAGACAGCUGAGCUGAAUUGCAUUUUUAGUGUUCGGCUUGGUUAGAAUAUUGGUAGUUUUUUGUUUCACAACUAGGGUUUUUUUCCCCUUGGGAGCUGGGGAUGGUUGGGGGAUUCAAAGCAGUUGUUCAUUCAGUUAGGAAGAUGAAAUUGUAGUGCCAAUUUGAGCUAGAAUUUUUGUGUCAUUUGUAAUUUGUAUGAAUCUUGUGUAAUAAUGAUCAUUGUUCAACAAUUUCUUAAACAAACAUUAUUAUUGCUU